AUGUCUACAGGGCAUGUCAACAUCAUUGCAUCCAAUGCCGCAGAUCAAUACGACUUCAUUGUCGUCGGAGGGGGCACAGCUGGAAAUGUGAUAGCUGGUCGGUUGGCCGAAAAUCCCAAAGUGUCAGUUUUGAUUAUUGAAUCCGGUCGAGGGGACCCAGAGAAGGUUCCUGAGAUCACAACCCCAGCUCGAGCUUUCGAAAGCCGCAAUGGUCCAAAUGAUUGGAAGUAUAAGGCGACCUUAAUCGACCGUCCUGAUUAUACUCGUGUUGAGAAACCAAACAAUCGAGGCAAGGUCCUUGGCGGCAGCAGCUGCCUCAACUACUAUACAUGGGUUCGAGGCAGUAAGGGGACAUUUGAUGAAUGGGAAGAAUUCGGUGGGAAGGGAUGGAAUUGGCAGGCAGUGAGAGAUUAUUUUGACAAGCCCGCGACCUACCCUGACGAUGACGAUAACUAUCCUCAUGUGAGAAACAUUGGCCUGGGAGGCCCUCUCCAUAUUGAGCAUGCGGAUCUUGUACCCGAGCUGCGACCUUUCCGCGAUGCUCUUCUCAAGGCAUGGAAGAGCAAAAGCCUUGAAAUCAACGAUAACAUAUAUGAUGGAACGAUGAAAGGACUGACGCGUUGUAUAAAUACCAUUUACAAAGGUACUCGUUCCUCGAGUUGGUCAUUCCUUGUCGGAAAGUCCAAUGUUCAUACUUUGUCAUCAUCUCACUGCAAACGCUUGAUAGUCAGUGAGGGCCACGUCACGGGGGUGGAUAUACAAGGGCCAAAUGGAGAGGAAAUCUCUGUUAAGGCACGAAAGGAGGUUAUCGUUGCUGCUGGAGUUUCGGCAUCAAAACCCUCUCCAACCCCCCCCCAUGUUGGCCAAAAUUUGCUUGAUCAUCCUAUUAUACCGCAUGUAUUCCGCUUGCAUAACGGUUUGGGUUUGGAUGAUCACCUACUUCGGGCGGGGCCACAAAAAGAUGGAGCAGUGAGGGUAUACAACCAGGACCACUCGGGACCUCUGGGUAGUGGUCUCUUGGAAUUGGUGGGAUUCCCACGUAUUGACGAACGUCUCGCGAGGAUCAAAGAGUACGUAAAGGCAAAGCACGACAAUGGUGGAAAAGAUCCGUUUGGACCAGCAGGGCAGCCCCAUUUCCAAAUCGGCUUCGUGCCUAUGUUCUUCGAUGCAUUUCAAUGGCACUUUCCUGUACCCCCAGAAGGAAGUUGGCUCACAGUGAUCGUUGACUUGCUGCGCCCCGUUUCAAAACCAGGUUGGGUGAAGUUGCGAUCGAGUAACCCGCUCGACGAUCCACACAUCAACACAAACUAUUUCAACAACCACCUCGAUGUGAUAUCUUUGCGAGAAGGCAUUCGAUUUAUUGAUGAUGUACUCAUGACCGGCGAAGGCUUCAAGGUUAUAAUUGGUGAAGAUUAUACCUGGAAAUGCCGCGGAACUCAGAUGCAGCAAUGGACAAGUUGA